CUCACACACACACACACACACACAUCCCGCAGGCACGUGCGGAUCACACCAUGCUCGCGUCGGUGCCCACGAGGCCGCGCUCCAACCCAUUCCGCCGGCGGAGAGGUGUGGCUCCGCUGCUCCUCGAUCGGACCGCGGCGGCGAAGCGACCCGCUGAGUCAUCCACCUCGGCCUCCUCCUGCUUCCGCAGCGAGGUCAUCUCCACCUCCUCGACCUCCCUCGCCGCGUAUCAGCACCCGGAGAAGAGGCCUCGGCGCCAGGACGCGGACGAGGAGCAGUCGGCCGGCUCCGAGUGCUCGGAGGUGACCGGCGGCGCGAGGGCGCGCCCCGCCGAGGUCGAGGCCUCCGAGUCUUCGUGCUUUGGCUCCGUGCUCGAGUCCAACCUCGCCUGCCCCGAGAAGCUCGCUGACGAGGCUGAGGGGACCGAGUACUCCUCCGCCUGCGAUGAGCUGACGCCGUCGGAGCCCGAGGACGAGGUGCUCAGUGGUCCCUGGCGCUGCGCCGAGUACUCCCCCUUGACUGAAGACGACGACGACGACGCGCCCUCUGCGACCUUCUCCAUCUUCCUCGCCUUCGCCAAGCAGUUCGUCCCCUGCGUGCACCCCAAAUCGCGCGACGUCACCGAUGCCGCUCUCGAUUUCCUAUCGGGGAAGCGGUUUGAGGACUUGGACGACGAGGAGAGCUACGAGCGGUUCCGGCGGCGGGAGCAGCGCGGGGUGGUUGCGCUCGACUACACUGAGAUGUACAGCUCCAUGCCCGGCAGCCACUGCCGUCUCGUCGUGGAGCAACGUGUCGUCAUGGUGAACUGGAUCAUCGAGCAUUCGAAUGUGAUGAAGCUGCAGCCAGCGACAAUGUUCAUGGGGAUUGGACUGAUGGACCGCUUCUUGACGCGUGGCUAUGUAAAGAGCAUGAGGAACUUGCAGUUGCUGGGCAUUGCCUGCAUCACCCUGGCCACCCGCAUUGAAGAGAACCAACCCUACAAUUGCGUCCUUCAGAAGAAAUUUAAAGUUGGGUUCAACACUUACAGCCGAAGUGAGAUUGUUGCCAUGGAGUGGCUGGUUCAGGAGGUCCUCAACUUCCAGUGCUUUGUCACAACAACACACCAUUUCCUCUGGUUCUAUCUGAAGGCUGCCAAAGCGGAUGACAAAGCAGAGGACAUGGCAAAAAACCUGGCAUUGCUCUCACUUCUGGACCAUAAUCAGCUCUCCUUCUGGCCCUCAACUGUCGCAGCCGCUGUCGUAGCCCUUGCUUGCCUUGCCACAGACAAUGAGUCAUCAUGCCAUUUAGUUAUGGAGACCCACAUGAGGACCAAAGACGACGAUCUGCCUGAAUGCCUAAUGGUUUGCUUCCUCCCUCACAUCCUGAUACCGGGAACCAUGAACCGUGCUCGUCAGAGUUUGCAGCAACAAACAGAACUGGACUUUUAUCGCGCUAUGACAUCUAACAUCCACUACCCUCUGCAAUCUUUUUCACGCAGAGUCUCGAGUGGCUGAUCAACUACACUUCGUGAUACGCGGCACCAAGGUGAUGAAAUUGAUCGAAUCUUGCUGAUUCCCAGUAACACUGCGUGGUACGGUCGCUCAGUUAUGGGGAUGUGUAGGCCAUACAUGAUUCGUAGCGUUAACAGAUUCUUUCUGUACAUGCCAUUAGUUUGCCCAGCAGGGUAGUUAAAGGCCAAGGCAGCAUAAACCGUAGCUCGUGAUUGUGCGACUUCUGAUUAGGAGCAACGCAACGACGAGAUUUUGGUGUUGAGCUGUCAGCAUUUAGGGAUUACCGAACUGCUGUAGUGGGCCGUCUUGUCUUUACAUCGUUUCUUCAGCUAAUACAUUUGUUUAACCGAUGCCUUAUCGAUAAUUUGCUUCAACAAAAAAGGUCCUGUUGAUACC